UUGCGCGGUGACUCGGUUGCUAGGCUGCUCGGGCCUGGGGUGACCCAGGAGGCCUCGAAAUCCGCUCAGCGUCUGGAACCGGCGUGGGAAAAAGAUUCUGCUGUUGUUGCCUGUCGCAUUGCAUCGUUCCCUCUGCGCACACUACCACGAUGCUGUCUCUUCGGCUUGAAGCAUUGUGAGGCGUUUUGAUGCGAUCAGAGAGGUCCGGGUUGAAGAUUCACCGCGACACUGGGUAAGUUUCUUUCCCAUGUGGAUUCAUUAUGAAUACUUCACGAAGCGGUUCUUCAUUCCUCGGUGAUGGAUUUGAUCUCAGUUUGACUGGCUCUCAGUUAUCUAUGUCCAAGCGCCCCAGCAGUGCUUCACCAGCCAAACAGUUGGCGCGCUCCACCUCUGUCACCUCUGAAAAAAAGAUCAAAACCAACUCUUUGGGUGAUGCUGGGCUUGGAAACCUCUCCGGUGGUAAUUCCCGUGCCAUUAACAACUUGCGAAGAUCAAAUAGUACCACACAAGUCAAUCAGAAGGACAGUGCCGCUUCAAGUGAAGAAAGAGCAGAUGAUUUCCUGGCUUUGUUUGAUAACUCUGCAGAUGGAAGGAAAAAGCUGUCCAGUUUGAGCAAGACUUCCCCAGAGAAGAGAACCACAUGGAACGUUCUGGAUGAAGAACCCAGAGUAUUUCCAGAUCCCGUCAAUGGUCGCGAUGCCAGUACCAUAGAUGUGCCAGUAUUGGCUAGAAGGAGGGAGUCAGCUGUUUCAUUAGCGGCCAACUUUACAGCCAACAAUCGGAGCAACAAGGGAACUGUCGGGAAUUCUGUCACUACGAUGUUGCAUAACAACUACUCUACAGUUGACAAACCUUUGACUCCAAAAAGUUCCAAUCAGAAGGCAACAUCUCUCAACAACAUGAUUAAAGUGCCAACUCGUGAUGAGAACCGCUUGGACCAAAACUCCUUAAAGAAAUCACAAAAAAACCUCUCCAGUAAUAAUGUUGCAACAAGGAACAACACAAGUAUGUUGAACAAAAAGAAGGAGGUGACGGAAGAGGAAGCAGAAAGAAUCCAAUACUUAAACAUUAACGAUAAAAAGGAUUUUACCCAAGUGCUUCAGAACGAUAAUCCAGAUUUCAAUCAUCCUGAUUUUGGAUUCAUACAACAGGUGAAUCGUGCAGCCAUUGUCAUUCAGCGUUGGUAUCGACGACAUAUCCAGAGGCGCAGAGCAAGUCAAGCGGCACUAAAGCGACUACUUGCUGCAAAGAAACAGGCGAAAGAGCAAGAGAUGCUGGCUGAAAGUGUCCAUGAAUACCAAAGGAGAAAAGGUGAGGAGAGGAGGAAGAUCCGCGAAGAGAAAGCUCGACAGGCCAGGAAGGCAGCCAUACAGGAACUUCAACAGAAACGGGCUGAAAAGGCAGCAGAAAGCAAGAGAAUUAGUGAGGAAGAAGUCGCUGCACUUAAAGAGAGGAGCAAGGUGCCGAAGAGAAAAGUAACUAAGACCAUGCCUGUAAAUAAUACAAGUCCAGCCCACAGUCAAGUCAAGUCUGGAAAUCCAGCCGCUAGCCCAGAAGUGUAUUCUAACCCAAGAACUGAAACUACUGUGGGACCUUGUGUGAAAACAGAAGAAUCGCAGAACCAAUCGCAGGAUGUGAUACUGAGAGAGAUGCCAGCUGAGGAGCAGGAGGCAAUGGCAUUGAGUUUUGCCCAGUCUAAAACAACGCUGAACGAUGUGCUCGACACACUCAGACUGUUGGAGACAGAACCCGAACUACUUCCAGAACCAAAGGUGUACAAAAGGGAUAAAUAUGCCUGGAUAGACGAGGAUUGUAACUCGACAUCCCUGACGGCAGAUAACCUGGAGAAGCUCGGACAAAUAGAAGAGGAUUCAGGUCGGCCUGAGGAUGGUACUCUGUUGUCAGAAGCAAAGUUGAAAAGCAUUAUGAGUUUCCUGGAUGAGAUGGAGAACGCUGAGCAAGAACGGCCAACAUCCUGUACCUCAAUGGCACCCAGAGAGGGGUUAUUAUCUGAGGAGGAACAGGCCCACCUGGAGCAUGCUUCAGUCAUGGCAACUGAGGUGACGAGCUCAAUGAUCAGGUUAAAACUGGAAUGUGAAGAGAAAAAGCGUACUGUUGCCAUGUUACAGACUGCUUUGAUGCAACAGAGGGAAUUAACUGUGCGUCACAUGAAGGAAACCGAAAAGGAAAUGAGCCAAAGAUUACGGGUGCAGAAGGAGCAGUACGAGUCAACUAUCCAAAGGCAUCUAGCGUUCAUUGAUCAGCUGAUAGAUGACAAGAAAGGGUUAAAUGAAAAAUGCGAGUCAAUGAUAAAUGAACUAAAGCAGAUGGAUCAGAAAUACAUGAAGAAAAUCCAACAGAUGCAAGAGCAACAUGAUUUGGAAAUCAAGAAGUUAAAAGAACUAAUGAGUGCAACAGAAAAAAUCCGCAGAGAGAAAUGGAUAGAUGAGAAAACAAAGAAAAUUAAAGAAAUCACUGUCAAAGGCUUGGAGCCAGAGAUUCAGAAGCUAAUAGCUAAACACAAGCAGGAAAUCAAAAAGCUCAAAGCGUUGCACGAGGCUGAACUGGCGCAGUCUGACGAACGUGCGGCUCGGCGGUACAUUCGGCAGACGGAAGAACUGAGGGAGCAGCUGGAGAAAGAGAAAGAAGACCUUUGCCAGAGGGAGAGAGAUCUUGCCAGACAGAGAUAUGAGAAGCAGCUGGAACAGGAGGAGCAAGCUAUCCAGCAACAGCGAAGGAGACUGUAUGCUGAGGUGUCUGAAGAGAAGGAACGCUUGAACCAGCAGGCAGCUCGGCAACGAGCUGAAUUGGACGAGCUACGAAGUCAGCUGGAACAGAACUGUUCCCUUAUAACCAAAGCCCUCAAAGAGGAAUUUGAAAAGACAAAAGAAGAACAAGAAAGACGUCACCAGGUGGAAGUUCAGUCGUUGAAAGAAAGACUAGAAAUUGAGAAACAGGCCUGGGAAGAAAAUUAUAUGAAGAAACAGGAGGCUUGGCUACUUGCCCGUGAACGAGAAUUGAAGGAAGAGGUACGUAAAGGACGGGACAAGGAGAUUGAACUGGUUAUUCAGCGCCUGGAGGAAGAAGUUAGAAUCUCGAAGCAAGAAUGUGAGAGGGUCACUGAAAAUACGAUUAAGCAUGUUCGUCAGAAGUAUGAAUCGGAACUGAGGGAACUGGAGCAUUCAGAACGCAGCCUGCAGGAAAGGUGUAAUGAACUGAAGACCCAUUUGAUGGAAGCAGAGGGAGAAACCAUCCGGUUCAAGGGACUGUACAAAUAUAAAGAACAGGAGAUAGAAGAUAUAAGAAAGAUCAAAGACAGGCUGACGGAAGAGCGGAAGAGCCUAGCGGAGGUGAUACGUCAGGAGUUUGCGGACCGGCUGGUGAGCACUGAAGAGGAAAAUAAGCGGCUAAAGACCGAGAUGUCCGAGAUGCGGGCACGACAUCGCCUGGAAGUCGAGCGAAUCACCCGGGAGAAGGAGGAGGAGCUGGAGGAGGUCCAUAAACGUGUAAAAUCAGCCAUUGUGAAGAAAGAGGAAACGGUGAAUAAUCUUCGCAAACAGUACGAGGCAGCGCUUAAAAGAGCAGACCAUCUUGAAGCUCUGCUGGAACAACAGAGGAAGCAGCUCCUUGGAAAAUGAAUGUGCAGGCCCUUGUAUAAUGGAGCACUUUGUAAUGGAAGACGGCAAAACCAUGGCCCAAGGAGCAUUCAGUCUGCGGGUUAUACACCUGACCUGCACAAGUGGGAGAACGCCAACAGAAUGACAACAAUGUUUGUUUCCAAUCCAUAAUCAUACUGUAGUUCAGUUGUCCAAAUCAGACAUUAUAUGUUUACCUAAACAGCCUUUUUAAUGAAAACAAAGUUUUUUUAUUUUUCUACAUUAUCUACUGUAAUAUUUCCUCAAUUUGCAGCCUUCGUUUUGUAUGUUAGCUGUUAAGUGGAGCAUGAUGGCAUUUAUAUAUAAUACUCAUUCAACAAGCUUUCAGUAUUGUACAGACCUACUUGUGAUUAAAUGGUACACUAUGA